GGAAGCUUGAAAAGUGAAGUCAUCAGCCUGUCAUAACAAAGGACGCUCAUGGGUAUCCGUGCUCACAGUUGCUGCAUAAAAAAAAGCUGAUGAUGGCAACGAGCAUAUUUCCAAAUUGAUCAUCAACAUUGACUAUCUUAAAAUGAGAGUUCUGUUUCAACUAAGAGAAAAAGUAGAAACAAUCGAAAAUGUCAGUGUUGAUGAUAAAUGCUUUCCUGUGGUGGAGGGUAAACAUCCCUACCCCAUGUCUGAGUCCCAGUCUUCGCCACUGGCCAGAGAAUCAGCACUGUGGUACAAAACAUUGGCUGUUGAUGCCAUCUUCAUUGACUGUGACAGAAGAUUGAUUUUCUGGACACCUGUAACCAACGAUGUUGAUGCCGAAGUGGUCUCAUUGCGCAGGUCUAACCCCCCUGAGCCUUCACCAGAGUAUUUUGUCCCAAGAAAUGCCAAACCUCUCUUUGAGGACAGUGGUCAUUAUGAGUUUGAUGCCUCCCUGAGAGAAAUGAUGACCAAAUGCUCCUCUAUAGUCAGAAAAUAUAUGAAGCAUGCGUUAACUGUUGAAGAAUUUCAUAGAAACGUGGCAAAUAUCUUGCAUGUGUAUAUCCUCAAAUCAAUUGUGUUUUCAAGAGAUGAUUUAUACUGUCUUUCACGAGCUAUGUGUUUGAUUGAAGAGCGUCUUAAGAAGUCAGAGAGGAAUAUUAUUGAAGUCGCAGAUCAAAUUGAUAAACUUGAUAAGUGUUUAAUCUCUCUUCAAGACACUCUGCUCAUGAAAGAAAACCUGGACAGUGAACGCUACUUAAGAACAUGCAAGAGGGAUUUCUUAAAAGUUUUCUUGCGUAGAAUUGAAAUGGAGUUGGAGAAACACAACUUGAUGCUGGAAGCAGAGCAGAGCAAAGUAAACUGGGCCAAGUCCACAACAGAGGACGAAGGAAAGCUACUAGAGCUGAAGGAAAAACGAGAUAGCAUUUUUUUAGCGAUAGACAAAUAUAUCAGAGUACGAGAAGGCAUAAAAAAUGUUAUAUUUCGAAAAGAGAAAACUAAAAAGAAAAUUCGAAACCCUCAGGUUAUUGAGAGCUGUUUUCACAACAUAUUUGUGGAGGUAGAUAGGAGGCUAGGCAUCAGUAUCCAGUCUCUUGACAGACUGUGUAAUGAUAAGGUGAACAUCAGCGGGGCAAGGGAAGCAACCAUAGCCACUAUAGUGGAGUUAAAGAACAACAACCCAGAGUAUGAACGGGACACAAGAUUUGAGCCAGAAGAUUUUUUGGACUUUAACGUAGAUGAAGGGGCAGCGGUUGAAAAACCAAACAAUUGGCUGACCUUUCAAGAAAGGGUUAGCAGAGUCAUAGAAAAUCAAUUGUCGGAACCAUACAGAAUUCAUAAACAAGGGUGUCGGAGUCUUUCAUCUCAGAUCAAUUUAGUGCUGAGUGAGUAUAAUUUAGCCAUCAGCGGAGGGUGCGCCAUCAAAAGGAGGAGAGCUCAGGCUAGUUAUGAUGUUUCAAGAAGCUUUUCUUUAGGUGAUGUGACAGUAACCAUUCCUAAGCAUCCUGAUGGCUUUGUCCAGGUGAGGAGAAAUGUUCAUGGAAAAAGUUGUGUGGCCGAGCUACCUGGCCAACAGGAUGACUGUAUCUUUGAUACACCAAACACAGAAGAGGUUGCUGUUGACGAUAUCAGCCUGAGAGUCAAAAGUGAUCACUUUGCUGACUCGGUUAAGGCACGGAAGUGGUCGUCAGAUCACUCAACGAAUCAACUUCCUGAUGAGCUGACUUCACAAAAUGAUAAAAGCGAUAAUGACGAAUAUGACAGCCCUGGAGGGGUUGUUUCUGAAAACCACAUGAACCUGACCCACCAGCUGGCGCUGAAUGCCCUGAUGAAGCAGGUGGAAAACUUGAAGAGCUUGCUGCAUGCCUUGUUCCGUGAUGUUGUUGAGAGCCUAGUCCAGCAUUUAGACCAGGAGUCCUUGGUUGAGACCUCAGUCCAAGAGCAAACAGAACUGUUGUGGAGGUCGUACGAACGCUCUUUUUGUCAGGAGAUGCUACCACAGCUUACCCAUCUGUACAAGACUGGUCUUAGAGCAGGAAUUAAAAGUGCCUACAAAGCCCUUUCCAACACCCCACUCCGUGAACUUUUAAAGGGAGACAAAAUCCUGGAACUUUUCUUUGGACAGAGGGACGACUCGUCCAGUUCUCUGCCCAUCAGCUUUCUGCAGUCAGCUGAUAAAAUAUCCAUAGCUAAGACUCUCUCCUCCCUGAGCCUUGAUGUGAGGCAUUGUGAUAUCAAUGACUUGUACAAGCUGGCUAAUGAUGACAGCAGAGAAUUGGUCAAACGCUUCUCAUUGGAUGAUCCUGAAGAAGGAGAUGAGGAUAACAUACCAGACAGUUCCAGCACUGGCUCGUCUGAUCACUCCCACGAGGUUGGUUCCUUCCCAAGUUCCUGCGGAGAAAUUCAAGGUGCUGGGAGCGGGGGAACUCUAAGCUCGGAAGACAUGGACAGUAAUCCAUCAACUUCUCCAGACAAAUGGCAUUAUCUUCAGGAUCCGAGCAAAAUAGAGGAAGUAUUAGAUCCGGUCCUGACACCUUUCAGGAGACAGAUCAGGAAAUGUCUUGACGCUCAGUGUUUUCUUGACAAGGUGCGUUACAUUACUAAAGCUAUAGAAGACCUCAACAGGGAUAUAUCACGUCUAUACGGACCAGACCACCAAUCUGCUUGCGAUGACAUCAUAAGCAUGCUUAUCCUAGCCUUGUCCAAUUUGUCUAAGGAUAUUUUUAUAGGCCUUUAUAUCGACCUGCGUCUCCUGAUGGACAUUCUGCCCCCAUUUCUCAGUGGGACUUUGUGGGACUACAACCUUGUCUCAUUGUGUGCCUCGUAUGAUUAUCUUUUCUCAAGGAAUGUCUGUGAGAAAGCUAUCAAAAGGUACCCUGGAAGCUUUAAAGUCAGGGUUGGUCGGUAGAACCAAUGUUAGUAACUGCAACGAAAACUGUAAAUACUCUUCUCACAUUGCGAUGAACAAGGUAGGCCCAGCUCUUUUAAAAGGCCCCUGUAACUGCAAUUACCUGUUCAUCUUAUUAAUGUUAUCUAGUAUUAGUUAAAACUUCUACAAUGGCAGUAAUUAAAUAUUUUUCUAUGAACUAUUACUCUACACCUGCUUUAGAAACAUUCCAUUCCUGUUUAAAGAAAAAAAAUAUUGUUGAAAAGUUGAUAAUGUAAUCUAUUGUAUCUAAGCAAUUUUUUCUCAAGCGUUGUCAUUUUAUUGAUAAUGUCACUCAUCUAAAAAAGAUUUUUACCCCACACUCAUAAGUGGCAUCCAUAAAACAAUGUCACAGAUAUCUUCUUCCCCUGUAUGUAAUUCUAGCAAAAACUAACAUUGGUUUAAUUAAAAAAAAAUUACUAAGUAACUGAUGAUUCACACUUCCUACCCCCUUGCACAAUACCACCCGCAACUCCAUAGAGUCCGACAUUAUUUUAAAGCUGCCACUUAUAGGAACUGUGAGCCUAUAUAUUCAUAAUAGCCAUAAUAGAAAUCAGGUUUUAUCAAACAAUUUUACCAUGGAUGUUUUCACCCUUGAUUAUCAUGUUGUAGGACUAGUUUGGAGAUUUAAGAAAGUUGAUUUAACCUAAAAAAAAAAGAAAAAUAUUUCUUGAUACAUUUUUCUCUUGGUCAUGCCACAUCCUGAAUUAUAGCGAGGUCAGGUCUAUUUCUAGGAUUGUUCAUUGUCAUGUCAUUUAUCCUGUUCACUGUCAGAUUGUAAAUCCUGUUAUAGUCAUAAAAUGAACAAAGGUCAGUAAUAUUAUGUUGUUAUGUUGGUGCCUACAAAACCACAUUGAUGCUUUUAAAGUGAUCACUGUUGUAAUAAUACAUUUCCAUUUUUACACUGCGGCAAGUUUUUUUAUACUUGUCAAAUGCUGACAAUAGUGUAGCAGGGUUAGUUUGGUUGAUGCAGACAGCAGUGACUGGGUUGAUAGGGCAGUGGCGGACUGGGUUGAUUAUAGUUGAUAGGGCAGUGGCGGACUGGGUUGAUUAUAGUUGAUAGGUGGACUGGGUUGCCAGGGCAGU